AUGCCUCCCCACAACGAUGUAGAGACCUUUCAUGAGGUCCUUCGUUCCAGCCGUCGCAUCCUGGCCCUCUGCGGCGCUGGCCUGAGUGCCUCAUCUGGUCUCCCAACCUUUCGUGGAGCCGGAGGUCUCUGGAGGAUGCACUCGCCCACAAAGCUAGCCACGAUGAGGGCCUUUACGACGGAUCCGGGCCUUGUGUGGUUAUUCUAUGGUUGGCGACGCCACCUGGCUUUGAAAGCCAAGCCAAACCCUGGCCAUGAAGCUCUGGCGGCCUUGGCCAAGAAGAACCCGGAUUUCUUAUGUUUAACACAAAAUGUUGAUAACCUGUCUCAACGAGCAAACCACCCACCCGAGCAACUUUGCACGCUGCACGGCUCCUUGUUCGAUAUAAAAUGCACGACGGAAGGCUGCGGUUGGAUUCAGCGGGACAACUUUGACGACCCAUUCUGCCCAUCUUUACAGGCUGGCUCGGAGGAUCCUCCCCCCGGAGAGUCGCUUCCUCUCUUGGACCCGUACCACCGAAUCAAGCACGUUCCCGAAGAGGAGCUGCCCAAAUGUCCCAAGUGUCAGACGGGUAUUCAACGGCCUGGCGUGGUUUGGUUUGGCGAGGAGCUUGAUGAGAAUAUGAUUGAAAAUAUCGAUGAAUGGAUCACAAAGGAUAAGAUUGACUUGAUGCUCGUUAUAGGCACAUCCGCACAAGUGUAUCCCGCGGCCGGAUACAUCUCAGAAGCAAAGUUGCAUGGGGCUCGAAUCUGUACCAUCAACCCCGAGGCCGAGGAGGAGACGGAGCUGUACAAGAUACAGCCGGGAGAUUUCGCUUUCGGUCAAGAUGCGGCAGAUGCGCUUCCCAGACUGCUCGAGCCGGUGAUUGGGAAAUUGCAAGAAGAUGGAGAAUUCAGCCUAUGA